AACACGAAGAGAAAUUAGUCAUGCUCACCAAUCAGUCAGAAGAUUCUGAAAGAUGUGAAAGCAUGGAGCUGGAUAAUAAAAUCUGCGAUCUGAUUGAGAGGAAUGUUUCUCCUGAUCCCAGAGGGGUCACCCCGGGACCAAUGCCAAGUCACAGAAGUCCAUGUUCUGUGAAGACUCCAGAAAAACCAGCUUCCGUGGCACAUUUCCUACAGUGCACAACUAGAAUGAGUGGUACAGAAUCUUCUACUGAGCAUGCAGAGUGGACUCAAUCAUCGAGAAGAAAGAACUUAACAAAUUUCCUUGAACAAAAGAUAAGGUGCCUGGAAAAACAGAAAAAAGAGCUCCUGGAAGUUAACCAGCAAUGGGAUCAGCAAUUUAGAAGCAUGAAAAAGUUAUAUGAAAGAAAGGUCACAGAGCUGAAAACGAAACUGGACGCCGCAGAAAGCUUCCGAGGCACGCUGGAGAAGGAGCUGCAGCAGAGCCAGAGGGAGAGCGACCUGCAGCAGCGCGAGGAGAAGGAAAAGGAGAGCCUAAAUGAAGAAUUACAUGAAUUGAAGAGAGAGAAUAAGCUUUUGAAGGAAAAAAUUGCUCUCGCAAGCCAAAAGAAGCAACAUUUUGAAUGUGAAAUAAAACGCCUCAAUAAGGCUCUUCAGGAUGCCUUGAAAAUGGAGUGUUCUUCAUCUCCUGAGGAUUGUUUGCGGAAGUCUGAAAUGGAGUGCAGCCAUGAGGAGAUGAGAACAGAAAUGGAAGUUCUCAAACAGCAGGUGCAAAUAUACGAAGAAGACUUCAAAAAGGAGCGAUCAGACCGAGAAAGACUUAAUCAAGAAAAAGAGGAGCUACAGCAAAUUAAUCAAACUUCUCAAACCCAGUUGAACAGGCUGAAUUCUCAGAUAAAAGCUUGUCAGAUGGAGAAAGAAAAACUAGAAAGGCAAUUAAAACAGCAUUGUUCUCCUCAGAUGUAUUUCCUAACCAGUAACUACGGCUGGAAUUUCCACCUACGGGAUCCAUGCCUACCGACAGGCCCUGGGGCUGUGCAGGAUCUACAGAAGUACCCACCAGACUGUCAGUGGUAUGCUCCCGACCUGUUUCCGCCAGAUGUGCAGGACAAGGCGAAUGGUUUCUCCUCAGAAAAGAAAGCCAAUGCGUAGAAGCACACGCUGUUGGAGGAGCACACAGGCCGAGGGAGAGCUCGGCUGAGGGCCCUCGUUCCUCUUUUUACUGUGGCUUGUGUCUGCCACACCUGCACAUCACCUCCUCCACUACUCAUACCUGGUAAUGUUUCCCUUUGGCACAGAUGGAGGACAAGGCUGUGACAGCUGAGAUCCUGAUCAAGUCCUAGGGGCCAAAAUUAUACAACCUAUCACAACUUCCAGCUUCCUGGAAAUGAGAAAAUCCUAAUGUGAUGGUGAUGGCUUUGCUGCGUACAUGUAUACUUAGAGAAGUAGUUCAGAGACACAUCGAUCUGCAGUUAAAUCUGUGUUUUUCUUCCUGUGCAUUUGCGUAAUUAUUAACAAAAAACGUAACUCUGUCUUCUCAAACCAAUUAAAACGGAAAACGAAUGUAUCCAAAUUUUAUUGCAAUUAAAUUAUACAGUGACGUGACAGAUGUCUAAAGAUUAAGCAGGUUUAAAAGUAUUCAUCCAUUUAAUAAGGAUUCUACUAGGACCAACUGGAGAUCAUCUUUGCGAGGGGGUAUAAAGCAGGAGUGUGAGAUUCACGGAUAUCUGUACUUCUAGAAGUAACCAAAGAAAACCAGGAGCGUCCACUGAAGCUGCAGUCCAGUAAACAAUCCAGAGAUAAGAGCUGAGACUAUCUAGCUCCAACUUCCAAAAGUUAUUCUGCUUAAUUCCAGCUCAAUCGUUUCUGUUUUUUCAAUUUCUGGAAAUACUUGAAGCUUUGUGUAAUAGGAAGAUGAAAGAGCCUUUAACUGCCUAAGCAGUUAAAUACUUUCAACCUCAGUCUUUGGCUGUUUAAUUCUUGAUAAUUCUUGAGAAAGAAAUAUCCUUCUCUUACGUUAAUUCACUAAAGCUUUGUUUUUUCUACAACUGAUUAAAGAGACAAAUCAUUCUUGGCCAAUACUUCAGUAUAAGUGAAUCAGAAAAACAAUAGUUGCAUCAUAACAGUUAGGUGUAUUUUUUUUAAUUUCCAUUUCCUUGAAUUAGUGAAAAAGUCAUUGUAAUCCAGCUCCUAGCAGUGGAUUAAGUUUGCCAACUGAGGUGUGCUCACCAGAGUAAAAAUUGAACGUAUAUAUAAGAAGUACCCCUUGGUAGCCGUGUUGUAGGUCAAUUCAACAGCAGUAAAACAUGAUUUAAUCAUACCAUCACUAUUACUGGAGUCAUCCUACUACUAAUUAGCAAACGGCCAAACAUUGUCAAGAUUGUACAAAUGCUAAUGUAUUGGGAGAAAAUCCAGCUUAGGCGAGACCUAAUUUCAUUUCAACUCCCGGUGGGUGACUGCAAAUGUGCAAAGAGGACCCCUUGCUCAGAGUGCUACUGUAGUUCCAAGAAGACGGGUUUCCACAUCCCCGGCCUGCGAGUCAGCCAGUCCCUCUUGUGACCCUCCCCCAGAAUCAUUUGGGGACGUCUCUGUCUCAGCUCAUUAUAAAGGUCAUACCCCUGUGCUGUGGCACUUGCUUCAUUAUCACACACAGUUUGUAGAAACUGUGUGAGGAAUAGCUCUAUCCCUUUGAAAAGAUAGGAAGUCACACCACACGGUGGUCUCUAUUACUUUGGAAAUGUAAGACCAGGCAUAUUUUAAGUUUUCAAAGGUCAUGGAGAAAUUCAGUCUUUGACUUGAAGGUAUCGCAUGAAGAGAAAGAUGUAUUCACUUUGUCAUGGUUGUGAUGUGAUGUCAGAAGAAAACCUUCCUUGGAGUCUAGUUAGGUCUGGGAGUGAGGCCAACCUGUAACGCUCACUAGCAUAGAUAUUUUUUUAACCCCAUUUUCCUUAUCAACAAAAAUAAUAUUUCAGAAUAAAUUUCUAAUAUUAUUAAGCAUGGACUAACUUCA